AUGGCGGAGGAAGUGAUAGUCGUAGCGAAAUAUGAUUAUAAAGCUGAAAAUACUCAGGAAUUGAAUAUCAAAAGAAAUGAGCGAUUGACGUUGUUGGAUGAUAGCAAGGAUUGGUGGAAAGUUCAAAAUACUGGGAACAAAUCAGGAUAUGUGCCCUCAAAUUAUGUUAAACGUGUCAAACCCAAAGUAGGGUUGUUAACAUCCUUAAAACAUUCUAUCGGAAGGAGUAAGAAGGAUCAGCGUGAACGAGGAGCCGUGACGUGUGCAUCGCCAUCAUUGCGAAAUGGAGAUGCGCACAGAAAUCAAUCACACCGCACACCACCACAAAAUAAUGCCACUGCACAAGUUAUAUACGAACCAGCUACAGUCAAGUACAUGUACACUGCACAACGUACGGACGAAAUGUCCUUGAUGAAGGGCGAAACUAUCGUUGUGGUUGAAAAAUCAAGCGAUGGUUGGUGGAAGGGACAAAAAGACGAUGGAACAGUUGGGUGGUUUCCGUCAAAUUAU